AGGAGGACCUCCAACAGCCGGGUACUCUCCAAGGUAGGGGCCGCAGUUUGGCACUUUCUCGCGGCCAAAGAAGAUGCAGCAGAGACGGAGUCGGCAGGUGAGGGCGCUGGGAGUGCGAGGUCGUGCUGAGGGUGCCGGUUCCCAGCUCCCAGUCCCCAGCCCCGAGGCCGCUGCCGUGCCCAUCCGCUGCGGCAACACCACCAAGUCCGGGAAGUUGCUGUUUCGCUUUCCCAAAGGGCGGGGCCGUGCGGCUGGUGGACAGCUUCGUGCGGGGCCGCCGGCCAACUGGUACCGUUGUAGUGACAGCUCCGUCAUCUGCUCCGAACACUUCGCUCCCGUCUGUUUUGAUGUCUCUUCGGUUAUCCAGAAGAAUCUGCGCUUCUCCGAGCGCCUGAGACCCGUGGCGGGCGCCGUGUCCGUCUUGCACCCGGUGGCCUCCCUGCUGAAACCUAAGGGGAAAGGAGGAGACGGAGCGGACGGCCGAGGAAGGGAGGAAAGCCCCAGGCAGUCAGGCAGCCCCAGGCUACCCCAGGGCCAACCUCCUGUACUUUCCUCUGGCCCGCCAAGAGGGCUUUCGGCUUCACAGAUAAAGGGCCACCCGAAGAGUCCCCCGAGGGUCUCGCAAGGACCCCGGUCUGUGGCUAGGCUCCUUCACUUAGUGUCAUCUUGGGAAAGUCACCUCAGCACGAAGGUUUUUGUUAAUCAGUGAUCUCCAAGAGCCUAUUUAGCAUUAACACUCUGGAAUUAUAGUUUCUUCUACCUCCUGUUCCCCAAAACACACACGCACACUCUUUCUUUUCCUUCACGUUAUAGAGAAGCCUUCAUUCUCUGCUCCUGAGUUUUUAAAUACAAAGGAUUUAAUUUGAGUAAAUCUCAAGAAAUGAGGUACUUUAAACUUUCUGCAUAGCGUAUCAUUGUAUGAUAAGCUGCAAGAAUUAUCAAUUAUACCGUCAAAAUGGUGGGGGACUGGGAAUGCAAGAUGCUGAUGAAAAUAGGGCUUUGCUGAUGGACAUCCCUUCCCCCUCCUAAACUUCCUCUUGACUAGUUGCCUUUAAAUUAAAUCGUUCCAGUGAGCUGAAUUCUCCUAUCCUGCUCUCUUCUGCCUACUUUCUCGGUACUCAUAAGAUUGAUUACACUUAUUUUGCAUCUGGUCGUUACUGCCUUC